AUGAUUGCAAUCCUAUUGGGCAUCACUGUUUCGGUGUUGUGCCUUUACUUUCUUCUGAAGGAGUUGCAGCGUCCUGCUGGCUAUCCUCCAGGUCCCCAAUGGCUCCCGAUCGUUGGCAAUACGCCGCAGAUACGCAGAAUGACGGCUCAAAAUGGUGGGCUGCUGAUCAACGUGUUCAACCAGCUGUCCGAUCGUUACCGAAGCUCAGUGAUCGGCUUGAAGCUGGGCCAGGAACGGUUUGUGGUUGGGCUGGCGUACGAAGACGUGAAGGAAAUCCUCUCCAGCGACGUAUUCCUUGGAAGGCCGGACAAUUUUUUCCUUCGUCUACGGACCAUGGGCACGAGACUCGGGGUAACCUGCACCGAUGGCACAUUCUGGAACGAGCAACGAAGCUUCGUGACACGCUACCUACGACGGGCAGGAUACGGACAGGAAGCGAUGCACGUUCAGAUUCAGGCCGAGCUGGCCGAGCUGUUGAGCGUUCUGGGCAAUCGCUCCGGAGAACCCCUGUGGCCCUCCAGCAUCCUGUCGAUCAGUGUCAUCAACGUGCUGUGGACCUUCGUGACCGGUGAACGAGUUCCUCGCGAGGACGAUCGUUUGGUGCGCUUACUGAACCUACUACAGGAGCGCUCGAAGGCGUUCGAUAUGGCCGGGGGAACGCUUAACCAGCUACCGUGGAUCCGCUUCCUGGCGCCCGACUGGAGUGGCUACAAUCUGCUGCGUCGGUUCAACGUGGAACUGAACGAGUUCUUCGCCACAACGAUCACGCAGCACCAUCGGAAUUUUAGUGAAGAGAAAGCAACGGACGAUCUCAUCUACGCGUACAUCAAGGAAAUGCGUGACCGCCGGGACGAUCCGGAGUCGACGAGCUUCAGCAACUUGCAGCUGACCAUGGUCAUACUGGACAUGUUUAUUGCCGGUGGGCAAACGACGAGCUCGACGCUUGAUUUGGCGUUCAUGAUGAUGAUCCUGCGGCCGGAUGUGCAGCAGCUGGUACACGAAGAGAUCGACACCCAGCUGGCACCGGAAGCCUCGCCACACUACGGCGAUCGUACGAAGGUUCCGUACGUAGAGGCGGUCCUGCUUGAGGUGCAACGAUUCUUCAGCAUCGUAUCGCUGGAUGGGCCAAGGCGUACCUUGGAGGAUUGCACGCUGGGGGGAUACCGAAUCCCGAAGGACACCACGGUGCUGAUGGGACUGCGCAAUGUACAUAUGGACCCCGGGCACUGGGGGGAUCCCGAAGUGUUCCGGCCGGAGCGUUUCCUGGAUGGGCAGCGUAACAUCGUAAACACCGAGCGGCUGAUGCCGUUCGGGCUGGGCAAACGGCGCUGCCUCGGGGAAACGCUGGCCCGCUCCUGUCUGUUCACGUUCUUCGUCGGGGUGAUGCGGCAGUUCUGUUUGUGCCGUGACCCGCAAGCCGAGGGCGAUGAAAUGGCGCCCUCGAUGGUGCUGAAACCAGGCAUUACUCUUUCGCCCAAGCCGUACCAUGUCGUGUUUCAGCCCCGAUCGACAGCGGUUGAUGAAACAUAUUAG